AAUGAAUGCCAGUCUGGGAAUCCCAUAUGUGAUUGAAUGCGAUAGUGAGGGGGCGGAGCCCUGGGCCUGAUGAUAAGGGUUGACUGCCGUCUCCCCUCUGUCAGAUAGCAAAGACGCCCCCAGUCCCUUGUAACCCUCUCAGGCCUAGGGCCCCUCCUGAGCUCCAUAACAGGCCACCCAGUUGGGCCGACCCUUAAGGCAGCCUGGGCCCACGCCAGCCGGUAGACCCUCGAAGUGUGACCUCUGACCCCUGGCGUUCCUCUUGGAGCCGGCCCCCGGUGUGGGCUGAGGGGGCGGCCAUGGAGCUGGGCAGCUGCUUCAAGACCUACGAGGACUUCAAGGAGUGCUUCAGCGCCUACAAAAAGGAGAACAGGUGCUCCUUCAUCCUCAGGGACUGCGUCUCCGUCCGCUUCCACAACCUCAACCACGGCACGUCUAUCCGCGAGGACAUCCUAUAUGUGCAGGUGAAAUUUGUCUGUAUUCGGACCCAGUCAAACAGGAAGAGAACACCAGAGGAAGACAUGUGCCCAGCGUAUUUGCUCCUGCGGUAUAAUGAGAAACUGGAUAGACUAUUUAUCAGUGAACUCAACACCCAGCAUAUACAUGUUGACUCUAAAACUGAGGGUCCUGGAGGAGACGCCACUGGUAAAUCUCAAAAGACAAUGUGCCUGCAGAAACCCCAGCCUGCACAGCCCACAGGCAAGAAGGACCUUGACACAGCUGAGAAGUCCCUGGUUGAACCAUCAUUUUGCUUAGAUAAGGUCCAAGCACCCUCAAAGCAAGAGCAAGAGAGCAUCACUCCUUCUGACCUGGCCAAGAUAGCAAAAGUGAUGAAGAACUUUCUUAAGGUGGAUGAAGGUUCCAUGGCCUCCUUCAGUGUGGGCAAUAGCCAAGACCUGGACCGGCUCAGCUUCCAGAGCAGCAAGAUGAGCAACCUGUUCAUCCGUUUCCCAGAGAAUCUCUUGCUGCACCGGGUGGAGAAUGCUCAGGGCCACAUCCUCUAUGCUUUCUUGGUGGAGAACAAGGAACGAGAGAGUCGAGUGGUCCACUUUGCUGUGCUCAAGGCUGAGACAGCCACCUCCGUGGCCAAGAUGCUGAGUAUUUUCACAGAGUUCAACUCAGAUUGGCCCAAGGUCAAGGUGGUCUUUGUGGACCCGUCCUUCCCUCAUCGAGCCAUCCUGCAGGAGAUCUUCCCUGCUGCUCGCAUCCUUCUUUCUAUCUACCACACAACCCGUCUCUUAGAGAAGAAGUUGCAUCGUAGUUCAGCACAUCCAUCCUUUAAAAGGCUUAUGAAGGAAGCCCUGCGGGAGGCUGUGUUUGUCACUUCUGAUGCCAACCUGCAAAAUCUCUGUCAGAUGUCCCAAGCCCUACUAGAUGGGGAGCUCUUCAGUUUCCUGCAGGCGCACUGGUUCUCCUGUGAACUGCUGUGGUACAUGCAUGUCAGGAAGGGCCUGCACGCAUGUAACACCUAUAUGGACAGCCUAGACGUUGUCACCAGCAAGGUGUCAAGCCUCUUUCAAGAACAGCAGUCCCUGCUGGACUGCAUCCUCCGCUUUGUGGAUUACAUAGACUUCUUUAAUACCAAAGGCUUGAAGAACUUGCCCAUGGCUCCUCCCAAGUUAAAGAGAGCCCGGCCAGCAAGCACACCACCAAAGUCCAAGAAGGCUUUUGGAAUUUGUGGAGGGAGCCUUACCAGGCUUCUUGUGGAUGAGAGAAAGCCAGACCCACAGCUGUUGCAGCAGCAGCCACAGGUGCAGCCCUCCCGGGGUGGCAUGCUAGACACCUUGCACCAGAGUGGCUCUGAACUGGCCUAUAAGCUGUGCCACAAUGAGUGGGAGGUGGUGCAGAACUCCACCCACCUGGUGGACAUGGCUGGCUCCUCAGUGGAUGUUCAGCUGCUAGAGGACUCUCACCAGGUUAGCAAAGAUGGCUGUAGCUGUAGCUGUUCCUUUCAGCAGUGGUACCACCUGCCAUGCCGGCACAUUUUGGCCCUGUUGCACACCAGCCAGAAGCCCGUGGGAGAAGCCAUGGUGUGCCGUCGGUGGCAGAAAAGGUACCAGCACCUCCUCGGGCCUAGUGGGGAACUCCGGGACCCUGUUGUGGUCCCAAACACAGGCCAACCUGGGAAGCAAGGACGGAAUGACAUGAUUCAGGACCUAAGCAGGGAGCUAGCAAACCUGCUAAUGCAGAGUGAGGGGCCGGAGCUGGAGGAGCGCUGUUCUACCCUGCGCAAGAUUGUGGACAUCUGGGCUGACCCGUGCCAGCAGCCUGAGCCCAAUCACCAGCCUGCGGACUUCAAGGAUGUGGGCCGCCUCCCUUUCCUCUGGGGAGAGCAGGAGGAAGGGGAGAGACUCCCUCCUGCGAGAGCCACGAUUCAUGAUUAAAACACUUGCACUGGCGCACUGGACCACAAACCCCUCUCCUUGGAAGUCGGAGAGCUCAAAGUGGGCAGGACAUGCCAGAGGUCAGCAUUUUAACCUGUGUCUUCCUAGGUAGGGCUAGGAAGAUUGUUACAAUAGGGAGAAGAGGAGCCCCACUGUGUGACAGUCCUUUGAAUCUGCCCUUUUUCCGCCCUACCUUUGGCAUUCCUUGGGAGCCUCGUUCAUUGUUCAAGGCCAAAGUUAUCUCCAUGCUGAAAGGUCAUCCCUCUUUCUCCUCUGACCCCUGAGAUCAGAUCUUAUUCUCUUUAUAGAGAUGAACCCCUGCCCUGGGAUAGGGUGAGACCAUUUAAAAUGGACCUGGUGAAAGGGCCUGUUUUCGGAGACAAAGGGAAGGAGGGUGAUCCUUGGCUGUUGCUGCUCUUUACAAAGAAUCUGUUAUUUGUA